UGAUAACCUGCUAGUUUCUUCCGUGAAGAAAUGUCAGUCUUCUGAUUUAAAAUGAGUACAGAAACAGAAAAUGCUGGCGAAGAAGCGGGAACUAGUUCCGCGGAAGCGAUUGCACCGGAAUCUGUGGAACAGAAAAUAAUUGCACUAGCUCAGACGAAAGUGAAAGGCAUUUCAGAUAAGGAUAUUGCUGCCGAAAUGCCAGAACUACUGCCACAACGUAAAGCUGAGGCUAUCAAUAAACUUUUAACGCAAGGUUACAUCGAUCUUUUCAAGCAAGGGAACGCUUUGAUUUAUCGUUUAAAAGAUCCCUCUAAAGCAAAGACUGCCAAAGGAGCGGACAAUGAGGAAAAGAUUGUGUAUACUAUUAUAGAAGAAGCGGGAAACAAAGGCAUAUGGAUACGGGACAUACGAUUCAAAUCUAACUUAAUGCCAACGCAGCUGAACAAGAUUCUAAAAAGUUUGGAAACUAAGAAAUUCAUCAAGGCAGUAAAGUCUGUAGCCGCUAGUAAGAAAAAAGUGUAUAUGCUUUAUAAUUUGGAGCCAGAUCGAUCGGUAACAGGUGGAGCAUGGUAUCAGGAUCAAGAUUUUGAAGCUGAAUUCGUUGAUGUACUAAAUCAGCAAUGCUAUCGAUUCUUGGAACAAAAGAAGGAAACGAUAAAGGAUGGGAAAGGUGGACCCAUAGCAGCUAGAAAUGCUACCUAUGCAUCAUCUAAGGAAGUCUGGAAAUUUAUCUCCGACUUAGGGAUCAGCAAGAUUAAGCUAUCAGUGGAGGAUUUGGAAAUGAUUCUAAAUACUUUGGUUUAUGACGGCAAAGUGGAGAAAACUUUAACCAGCGACGGGAGCAUUCUGUAUAGAGCAAUUCGACCCUUACUAGAUCCUCCAGGACUAGUGCGGACUCCAUGCGGCAUGUGUCCUGUAAGAAAAAAUUGCUGUGAUAUCGGAGAUGUGACCCCAACACUGUGCCAAUACAUUACCGAAUGGUUAAAUUAAUACACUUUAUAAUAUAAAAAUUCUUACAUUACUUAUUACUUUUGUCGGUACCAAUUUAUUACAUCUGUUUAGUAUUUAAUGUCCUACGUGUUUGUACAUACAGGACCGGAAAGUAAUAUUUACUGUUAAGUUUGAGUGCAAUAAAUAUUACUUUUUCAUCCAAAA